AUGCUAUCUUUCGCUCUGAUCUCCGAGUUCCCAUACCGAUACCGCUUCUCCUCAGGUAGCAGCCCGCUUAUCCCUGUGGUCUCCCCAGGUACUGGGUCAAUAAGACACGCAGAUGGCCCUCGGCCAUAUUGUCUAUUUGUGAGCUCCCAGCAGUUAUUUUAUAUUCUGAAUGCCUUUACUAACAAGUCAAAAAACCUAGUCCCGACACAUGGCAGUCAAGUGAUCGGCACCCCUAUGGUGCUCCCUACCACUUCGUAUGAUGUGAUUAGGAUGCAGCCUAACCAGCUGGCGGCGCAUAUCCUUACCCUACCUUAUAGGGUUAUCAGAAAUCGAGGCCGUAUGCCUAUUGUCAACAUCGAGGCAAUAUUUGUAGAAGUCGAACGAGCAAAGCCAAGUACGACAACACCAACAUCACAACUGGCUAUCUUGGGUGGAUCAUACCCGAUCACCCUAGCCUUCAAAAAGGGUAGGGUGAUGUCACUCAGAAGUCGCAUUCCAAUCAAAUUAAAAAGGAAUGUGCGUGAUAAGCAUAUCUCUGUCACCCUGAUGCUUGAUGGCCGCCAUAAGGUCGUGGAAAAGGAGUUUAGUGAGAUUAUUCGGAAAAUCUCUGGCCAUCUCAGCAUAACUCCAGUUGAUGCGUACGAGACAGACGCAUCUGUUCUGAUCUUAGCCAAAGUGAAUCUUGAUGUUUGGGCCCGCUUUUCACAUCACUUCGACUUUGAUUUUGUGGGAGUGAUUGUGGAAGAGACGAGAAGAUGA